CCUAGUCAAUCCACACACAUCGAUCGAUAUAUCCUAAGAGGCAGUUUAAGCUAGCUAGCUACGACUUCGAGAGAUCGAUAUAUUCAACAAUGGCGUCAGCUCCGGCCGCCUCUCCCGCAGUGCUCGUCGUCGUGGUCCUGGUGGCGACCCUCGCCGCCGGCGGCGCCAACGCGGCGACCUUCACCAUCACCAACCGGUGCUCGUUCACGGUGUGGCCGGCGGCGACGCCGGUGGGCGGCGGCACGCAGCUGAGCCCGGGGCAGACGUGGACCAUCAACGUGCCCGCCGGGACCAGCUCCGGCAGGGUGUGGGGCCGGACAGGCUGCAACUUCGACGGCGCCGGCAGGGGCGGCUGCGCCACCGGCGACUGCGGCGGCGCGCUGUCGUGCAGCCUCUCCGGGCGGCCGCCGAUGACGCUGGCGGAGUUCACCCUCGGCGGCAGCCAGGACUUCUACGACCUGUCGGUGAUCGACGGGUACAACGUCGCCAUGAGCUUCUCCUGCAGCUCCGGCGUGGGGCUGACCUGCAGGGACAGCAGAUGCCCCGACGCUUACCUGUUCCCCAGCGACAACAGCAAGACGCACGCGUGCAGGGGAAACAGCAACUACCAAGUCGUCUUCUGCCCAUAGAUCUUCUCACCUAAUUAAAUUAACUUGAUCAUGGUCAUGGAUGAUCUAUGGCUAAUAUUGCAGCAUGCGUGCACGCAUUAGCUGGCUGCUAUAGAUAUUGAUAUAUAUGUCCGUGACGUAUGCAUGCAUGUGUAAUAUAUACUUGUUACGUGGAAAUAAUAAGAUAAUAAUCGUCCAUGGAUAUAUAUCUGUACUCGAACAUGUAUACAUAAUUUUGUGUGCAUCUUCUAAUUUGUAGUA